AUACUUUCUAAAAACUCUGCAUAUGAUUUCUUGAUUGUGAUCUGCUAUUUUACGUUAUAGGCCGUAGUAAACCAGAGGGAACAGCCUGUUACUUGCCCUUUAGAGUCUGAAGGGCCAAAUUCUGAUAGAAUUUGUGUUCUUUUAAUAUUAAUGUUGAAUAUUAUGAAUCAUGUCAUUUGAAGUUAGAUUUCAUGUUGACAAAAGUUAUUUUUUUCUUCCGGACAGACCUUUCUUUUUCUGGUUGUCAAAUCAGAAAUUGAUUGAGAUUUUAAUUAAAAAAAAAAAAAAGAUCUAAUUCUGUUCUAUAUAAAGGAUGCAGACCCUCAGAUCUUCACCUCACCAAAUCAGGCCAUUCUUGCAAAAAGUUAAAUACCCGGACCUGCCAGCAGGGGCCGCUGCAAUCCCCUUCUGUGCCCGUCACUGUUUACGGAAGUCCUAGUGACGUGUCACUGUCCACCAAUGCAUUGUGGGAAAGAAAGCGCUGACACGGUCGCUGAGAGCAUACAGCUCAAUUUUAGCUUCCACCUCCGACUUUUGUCCAGUUUUACUUUUUAAAAACUGUGCGUGACAAUGCUGCUCCGCAAAGCCGAUGCUAGUAGGCUGUGAAGCGGGUAAACAUAUGCCGGCGUCAUCGCUGCUGUCCUGCGUUGGGAGCAGAGGAGGAGCGGGAUACUGUUUCGAUGGACGGCAGCGUUUUUAUUUUCUUCUCCAAAGGAGGCGAAUAGAGUAGAAACGGAUUAUAUUCCGCCGUGGUUAACGCGCGAGGGGGGCAGCGCGUGCGCUCCCGCAUUCCUCGACGUCUAAAAGUCUACGAUUUUUCGGUCCAAGACGCCUUCAAAGAUGUCGACCAGCAGCCCAGAAGCGGUGAAGAAAUUGCUGGAGAACGUGCAGACGGACCUGCGGUCGCUCUCCAUGGAGUGUAAGAAGAAAUUCCCUCCUGUCAAAGAGGCUGCUGAGUCUGGGAUUGUGAAGAUUAAGACCAUUGCAGCCAGGAAUACAGAUGUUCUGGCAGGACUGAAGGAGAACAGCUCAGAAGUUGUGCAGCCUUUCCUAAUGGGCUGCGGCACCAAAGAGCCAAAGAUCACACAGUUGUGUCUGGCUGCCAUUCAGAGACUCAUGUCUCAUGAGGUUGUGUCUGAGGCGGCGGCCGGGAACAUCAUCAACAUGUUGUGGCAGCUGAUGGAAAACGGUCUGGAGGAGCUGAAGCUUCUGCAGACCGUCCUGGUCCUGCUAACCACCAACACUGUUGUUCACGACGAAGUUCUUUCUAAGGCUAUCGUGUUGUGUUUUCGCCUUCACUUUACAAAAGACAACAUUACCAACAACACAGCAGCCGCCACAGUCAGACAAGUGGUCACUGUGGUGUUUGAGCGGAUGGUGGCGGAGGACGAGCGCUUUAAAGGCAUUGUUGAGCAGCCUCCUCCUGUCCAGGGAAACACCAACCGCCGAUCUGUUAGCACUCUGAGACCCAGCGCCAAAGAUGCAUACAUGCUGUUUCAGGACUUGUGCCAGCUGGUGAAUGCAGACGCCCCCUACUGGCUGGUUGGAAUGACAGAAAUGACCCGAACGUUUGGUUUGGAACUGCUGGAGUCGGUUCUGAAUGAUUUCCCUGAAGUGUUCCUGCAGCACCAGGAGUUCAGCUUUUUGCUGAAAGAAAGGGUGUGCCCCCUCGUCAUCAAGCUCUUCUCGCCCAACAUAAAGUUCCGACAGGGCAGCAGCAGCGCCGCUUCCCCCGCACCUGUAGAGAAGCCGUACUUUCCCAUCUGCAUGAGGCUACUGCGAGUGGUUUCAGUGCUCAUUAAGCAUUUCUACAGUUUACUGGUAACGGAGUGCGAGAUCUUCUUGUCUCUGCUGGUGAAGUUUUUGGAUGGCGAGAAGCCGCAGUGGCUCAGAGCAGUGGCCGUCGAGUCGGUCCAUCGGUUAUGUGUGCAGCCUCAUUUGUUACGUUCUUUUUGUCAAUCCUAUGACAUGAAGCAACACUCCACCAAGGUGUUCAGAGACAUUGUCAACGCUCUGGGUUCCUUCAUCCAGUCCCUCUUCAUCGUCCCCAAUGCAGGAAACGCUGCAGCCGUCAGCGCACCAGCCGCUGGAUCGGGUUCAGGAGCUCCCAGCUCAGCACAAGGGGCUCCUGGGACAGGGGGGGCCGGCGGCACCCUGACCACCCAAGCUGCAUUCGAGUACCGUGGAAUCUGGAUCCCACUCAUGACUGUUAGUGUUCAGGGCAGCGCCAAAGCCACCUACUUAGAGAUGCUGGACAAAGUGGAGCCCCCCUCCAUCCCAGAGGGCUAUGCCAUGUCUGUAGCCUUCAGUGCCCUUCUAGACCUGGUGAGGGGCAUCACCACCAUGAUCGAGAAUGAGCUGUCCCUGGAGGAGGAGGCUGCUGCUGAAUUCAGAGAGACCCAUCCGGAUGAGGAGUGGAACCCGCAGCCAGGAGCACAUCUGGUGUGGGAGGAGAUGGUCAGUGCUUGUUGGUGUGGUCUACUGGCUGCCCUGUCUCUGCUGCUGGAUGCAAGCACCGACGAAGCAGCCACCGAGAACAUCCUGAAGGCGGAGCUAACUAUGGCUGCGCUGUGUGGUCGUCUCGGCCUGGUGACGCCCCGAGACGCCUUCAUCACCGCCAUCUGUAAAGCCUCUCUGCCGCCGCAUUAUGCACUGACGGUUCUGAGCAGCAGCGCUGCAAACCUCUCCAGCAAAGCCUACUCGAUCCAGGGCCAAAGCGUGCAGAUCAUAAGUCCCUCCAGCGAGUCUCAUCAGCAGGUGGUGGCUGUGGGGCAGCCGCUCACCGCUCAGCCUCAGGGCACCGUGGUGCUGACUGCUAAGAACAUCCAGUGCAUGAGAACCCUGCUGAACCUGGCCCAUUGCCACGGCGCCGUGCUGGGCACCUCCUGGCAGCUGGUUCUGGCCACACUCCAGCAUUUGGUUUGGAUUCUGGGGCUUAAGCCAGCAGUGGGCGGUGCUCUGAAACCGGGUCGAGCUGUUGAAGGACCCAGCACGGUGCUGACCACAGCAGUGAUGACAGACCUGCCCGUCAUCUCCAACAUCCUGUCCAGACUGUUCGAGAGCUCCCAGUAUCUGGAUGACGUGUCCCUUCAUCACUUGAUCAACGCACUCUGUUCCCUUUCACUGGAGGCUAUGGAGAUGGCUUAUGGAAAUAACAAGGAACCGUCUCUGUUUGCGGUUGCUAAGCUGCUAGAAACAGGCCUGGUCAACAUGGAUCGCAUAGAGAUUCUGUGGAGACCCCUCACAGGCCACCUGCUAGAGAAGGUCUGCCAGCAUCCAAACUCCAGAAUGAGAGAGUGGGGGGCGGAGGCGCUGACGGCGCUCAUCAAAGCCGGACUCGCAUACAAACACGACCCUCCUCUGGCUCAGAACCAGCGUCUGCAGCUCCUGCUGCUGAACCCGCUGAGGGAACUCUCCAACGUUCUGCAUGCAGACAUCCGUCAAAAGCAGCUGGAAUGUGUCCUUCAGAUCCUGCAGAGCCAGGGGGACGGCCUCGGGCCUGGCUGGCCUCUUGUUCUGGGUGUCAUAGGCGCCAUUCGCAAUGACCAAGGAGAGUCGUUGAUCCGAACAGCCUUCCAGUGCCUGCAGUUGGUGGUGACGGACUUCCUUCCCACAAUGCCUUGCACGUGCCUCCAAAUUGUGGUGGAUGUGGCCGGCAGCUUUGGCCUUCAGAACCAAGAGCUGAAUAUCAGCCUCACAUCUAUUGGGCUGCUGUGGAAUAUUUCAGACUACUUCUUCCAAAGAGGCGAAGCCAUCACCCAGGAGCUGGAGAGGGAGGAGGAAGCUCAGCAGAAGCAGGCCCAGGAGAAAGGAGAAACCCUCAACAGGCCCUUCCACCCCGCUCCUCCUUUCGACUGCCUUUGGCUGUGCCUGUACGCCAAGCUGGGCGAGCUGUGCGUCGACCCGCGGCCCGCGGUGCGCAAAAGUGCCGGACAGACGUUGUUCUCCACCAUAGCUGCUCAUGGGACGCUGCUGCAGCAGCCUACGUGGCACAUUGUAGUCUGGAAGGUGCUGUUCCAGCUGCUGGACUGUGUGAGGACAUCUUCCACCACAGCAGAUAAGGAGAAGAUCGAGUCUGGAGGGGGAAACAUCCUGAUCCACCACUCGCGGGACACUGCAGAAAAGCAGUGGGCGGAGACGUGGGUGAUGACUUUAGCUGGGGUGGCGCGCAUCUUCAACACAAGGCGCUAUCUCCUCCAGAAACUAGGAGACUUCUUUGAAGCCUGGGAGGUGCUGCUCAACCACAUUCAAUCCGCCGCUCUCAGUAAAAACAACGAGGUCUCGCUUGCUGCCCUCAAGAGCUUUCAAGAAAUCCUACAGAUCGUGACGCCGGUUAAAGACUCGGACAAAGCGGCGGAUGCUCUUGCCGCGAUGGGCGUCCCGGCGGUCCUCAUGGAUCCUCUGUCGGCGUCUGGUCCCGGCAGACCCCUGGUGCAUUCCGAUUCACUGGUCGAGAGGUUGACGCGGUACAGCGGGGCCGACAUGCAGGCCCCCCCUCCAGGAGAGGAGUCUGCCUUGGACGACCUGGUGCUGUGGUGGUCUGCGUGGAACACGUGGUACCGGGUAGGAACGGAGAGCACCAAGCCCCCUAGUGGCCCGACGGAGAAGUUCUCUUUCAUCCCCAGCCAGCCCUUCCUCACAGCGCUGAUCCAGAUUUUCCCAGCACUCUACCUGCACAUCAAAGCCAACUUUAGCAUGGAGGAUCUGAAAAAGCUCGGGGUCAUUCUCCACGGAGCCGUGUCUGUGCCCAUCAGCAGCGACGCCUCCCCCUUCAUCCUCCCAUCCUUCACCGAGGCUGUGCUCACGAGCCUGCAGGAGGCCGUUCUCACCGCUCUGGAUGUCCUGCAGAAGUCCAUCUGCGUGGGCCCGGAGAACCUGCAGGUCAUGUACCCGGCCAUCUUCGAACAGCUGCUGCUUUUUGUGGAGUUCUCCUGUAAGCCCCCCCAGUACGGCAGGAUGGAAACCAAACUGGUGGCCAAUGCCAAAUACAACCAGAUCCAGCUGUUUGCACCGGCGGAAUGGGUUGCCUUAAACUACGUGCCCUUCGCUGAGCGCUCCUUGGAGGUGGUGGUGGACCUGUACCAGAAAACGGCGUGCCACAAAGCCGUCAUCAGCGAGAAAGUUCUGCAGAAUAUCAUCAAGACUCUGAGAAUGCCUUUGGGUCUGAAGUACGCCUGUCCAUCAGAGAGCACGUGGAAGCUCGCCGUCUCCUCGCUGCUAAAGGUUUUGUCCAUCGGACUGCCGGUCGCGCGCCAACACGCCUCGUCUGGAAAGUUUGACACUAUGUGGCCGGAGCUGGCCAACGCCUUCGAGGACUUUCUUUUCACAAAAAGCAUUCCACCGGAUAACCUGUCCAUCCAGGAGUUUCAAAAGAAUGAGGCCGUUGAUGUAGAGGUGGUGCAGCUGAUCAGUACGGAGAUUUUACCGUUCGCUAAUUUCAUCCCCAAAGAGUUUGUUGGUCAGAUCAUGACCAUGCUCAAUAAGGGAUCCAUUCACUCCCAGGCGCCUUCAUUCACAGAAGCAGAGAUCGACGUGCGGAUGCGGGAGGAGUUUUCAAAGGUCUGCUUCGAGACGCUGCUGCAGUUCUCCUUCAGCAACAAGGUGUCUACCCCCCAGGAGGGGUACAUCUCUCGGAUGGCGCUCUCCGUGCUUCUCAAGAGAUCCCAGGACGUUCUCAGACGCUACGUGGAAGACGAGAGGCUAAGUGGACGUUGUCCUUUACCGAGGCAACAGGUGACGGAGAUCAUAUUUGUCUUGAAGGCAAUCAGCACUUUGAUGGACUCACUUAAAAAGACACAACCUGAAAAUGUGGACGGUAACACGUGGGCCCAGGUGAUCGCCCUGUAUCCCACGUUGGUGGAGUGCAUUACCUGCUCCUCGUCUGAGGUGAGCUCCGCCCUAAAGGAGGCUCUGGGGCCCUUUAAAGACUUUAUGCAGCCGCCGGUCUCCAAAGUCCAGAACGGAGAGUCCUGACCAGUGUCCCGCUUUCUGCUUUUAUAAUGAAGAAGUCUAGAAUAUGUAUUCCUAUCCUGGGUGCUUGUUAAGAGCUCGGGUUCGAACUCUCUGUGAGCUCCGUCUACAGUGACACGAAGGCCGCCUCAGACCACGGCGACGACCCCGAAAUCCAUCGUGUGCUUCUCAUGUGAGCCGAUGACUCAUGAGCUCCCUCCAUUUUCAUACAGACUGCAGUCAUAUGUUCACUACAGACAUUAAAAGACAAAUUGAAGUGUUGCCUUUUUUUUGGUUUAAUUUUCAUAAAGAGGCUGGUUGAUGUGGUGAUAGUGCUGAUAAUGUCAUUCAGAAAAAAAACAAACUGGAGCUUUUUUGAUCUAAAAGAUGAACACUCGAGACUUUUCCAUCAUUUUCAACAGUGAGGAUUUUAUGCAAGAAAAGAAAAAAUCUUUCUGUAACAUUCCAUGUCAUCUUUAGCUGGUCAUCUGAGAAAGGAUGUACCUUUCAGUGUAAAAUAAAUGGGAUGAUUCAAAACUCU